AUGUCUGCCUUUGUCCGAGUUUCCGGUCCUCCCAACAGUAAUUUUUUAGUUGGUUAUCCAGGUAUUUCUGCUACGCUUCCUAGGGUAGAGGGUAAAGUAGAGAUUCGACCCCUCACUGGAAUUUCUGCGCCGAUAGCGAUAUCAUUGGUACGAAUAUGUUUACAGCGAAGGGAAACGAUACAUCCAUCCGCGGAAUCGAUAGCUAAGAAACAUUUGGGGACGCCUCGAAGAGAAACGACGGAUGUGGUUGGGAAGGAGUUGCUAUUGUUUCGAUGUACAGCAGGCAAGGAAAGCGAAAGUGUGGUUUUGAUGGAUCUACCUUUCGUUUUAUUCAUACCAUUUGGUAGAGGAGGACAGGAAUCAAAUCGAAGGAUCCCACCGGCCAGUCUACAAUUACCUAGUCGCACAGCGGAAACUUAUUAUGAAUUGGUGGUUACCGUGCAACAGGGUCAAGAACAAAAAAAAUUCGCAUUUCCAGUUCCGUUGCAAAGAUAUGACACUAUUUCAACAUUUGGCAUGUACAGGCGACCGGAAUUGGCAGAGAAUAAUUCGGAUCAUCUUGUUACUUUGAGAAUCUCACUACCUCGAUGGUCAUUCGGUCCCUCGGAUCCUGUUGAUGUUUUUAUCACAUUAUUACCCAAUCCUAUCUGGUUAAAGAAGGCUACCAAAGUAGUCAUACAAAAGAUUACAAUUGGGAUAGAAGAAGAAAUCACAUACAAUCCUGAAGGCGAUGAACCUACGAAGAAGAUCAAUCGAAUAGCUAAGCAGACUGCGACGGUUCAUCUAUCUGGCGCUCGAGAUAUCACUCAUCGUCAACCAAUAAUAGUAUGUCCAUUAAAUGGACAAGAAUGCAAAGAGGAAAUGGAUGCGAUUGAACAAGCGGCAAAAGAUGCAUCACAUAUUGAUCCUACGAACCCAAUGUUACCUGCUUGUACGAUUAUUAAGGCGAAGGAUGCAAGUGCUUUAAGAGCACUAGGGUGGACAAUGGUUGGAGGUUUGAGAAAGAUGGUUAUUGAAUGA